AUGAACCUUGUCUUGGGUCGUCUCCACUCGAGUCGCCUGCGGAGUCGACCCGCACAGCUGCAGGCUGCAGGCUGCAGUGGUGGUCCUGAUCGCGUGGAUCCCGCCGAUCGGGGGGCCGCCUUGGCGUCAACGUCAAAGAAAUCACCUUUGCCUCGUGCGACGCCACCGGACUUUUUGGGCAAGGGCGUGUCCUCUGUCCACUGGGUCGUCCGGAUCGCUCACGGGGUAUACUGGGAUUCUGUUCGAGUCGCGUUUCGGGCGGUGGAGGACUCGUUCCGAUGGACGGGGCUGGACGGGAGUGGAUCCACUGGCCCGGUCUAUCGACACGAGGAAUGA